CCGCUCACCAUGGUGGUGGCGGUAGCGAUACGCAACCCGCCUCACUCUCCUGCCACGGGCCCGACGUCACGCACACGUACCGGCUCCCUGGCAACCGAAACCCCGCCCCCUCCCCCAAGCGGACCGUGGAUUGGGCGAGAGCGAGGGAGGGGUUGACACGUCACCCGGAAGAGCCCCCUCCCAGGGUAGGAAGCGGAAGUUGGGAGAGGUGACGGUUGUGGCGGUUGUGACGGUUCUGAGUUGUUCGUCGGCAGUGCUGCUACGCUCUCCGACUUAUGCAGUUAGGAAGAGGUGACUGCCAAAGCGAAAAUGACGUCUCUAGAAAAAGUUGAUGAUGCCUCAUCACCUAUCCGAGGACCUGGAGAUGGCAUGGAAACAGAACAGCCAGCUCAGUCAGUGGAAUUAAUCACUGGAGCCAACACUACAAAUCCUCAUGUCCACCACAGCCCACACAAAAAGACCGUCUCUUCCUUGAGUCCUGGAGUUCUGCAGCUAGGGAAAAUAUGUGCUGAUAAAUCAGUGGAGAUUGAAGCUAUUCGUAUAUUAGUCCCCAAAGCUGCUAUCACCCAUGUCAUUCCAACUAAAAAUGCUAAGGUAUCUAAAUCAGUGGGACUUAAAGGAGACACAUUCCAUCAGUCAGAUGGAGCCGGAGAUCCCAAGAAAGAGCAGAUGGAGCUGAAAAAUGCAAUUGAAAAGCUAAAGAAUUCAGAAAAGCGGUUGUUACAGGAUAAAGAAGGUCUCUCUAAUCAGCUGCGUAUACAGACAGAGGUGAAUCGGGAGCUGAAGAAAUUACUCGUUGCUUCUGUUGGGGAUGAUCUGCAGUAUCACUUUGAGCGGAUGGCUCGUGAGAAAAAUCAGCUAAUCCUGGAAAAUGAGGUCUUGGGCCGAAAUAUCUCUCAGUUGUCUGAACAACUAGAGCGCAUGUCUAUACAGUGUGAUGUGUGGCGAAGCAAAUUCCUAGCAAGCAGGGUUAUGGCUGAUGAACUAACCAAUACCAGAGCAAUUCUUCAGCGUCAAACCAGGGAUGCACAAAGCGCAAUCCAGGACUUGCUGAAUGAACGUGAUCAGUUCCGUCAAGAAAUGAUAGAUACCCAAAAGCUGCUGGAAGAGCUGAUGGUUUCUCUUCAGUGGGGGAGACAACAGACAUACUACCCUAGUGCUCAGCCUUACACUACAACAGAGCUAGCAGCUGUCAACUGUAAGCUAGCCAAAGCUGUAAGUUCCCAUCUUCUUGGAAAUGUUGGCAAUAAUGCUCCAAAAAAGAGUUCAGUAGCUGUGGAGUUCUGCAAUACCCCUGCUGAGAAAAUGGCUGAAAUGGUGCUACGUGUGCUGGAUCCAGCUGCACGGACAGAAACAUCAACAGAAGUUUCUUUUUCCGAGACUUCUCCAACCUCCUUCCUUUCCACAAAGAAGAAUAUUGGAAGGUUUCACCCAUACACAAGAUAUGAAGAUGUAACUUUCAAUUGUUGCAAUCACUGUCAAGGAGAGCUGAUAGCACUUUAAAAACACAGCCAGUGCAGCUGUACCUGCAGUCUUUCUGAAGAGUUACAGUAGUUGAUGUCCAGCAAACUUCCCUUUUUCCUCUUUCUUUCCAUAAUGGGUGGGUUUAACUUUGGAAAUUAUGCACUUUGUGCUUCUCUGCCUCUUGAAGUGAGAGACUGCCAGCAUUUCUUUAGCCUCUGAGAUACUUCUACUACUUUUCAAUCUGGAAAGCUUUUUUUUUUUUUUCCACAAAGGCAAGAGCAAAGGUAUUACUCUGGCCCAAUUUUUAGAGCAUAGAGGUGCCUGUGACUGUUUAAGGUUUUCAGUCUUAAUAUCAAAUCUCUUUAGAGAGAGACAAAAGCAUAGCUAUACCAAAGUAAAUGAAGUGCUCAUAGGUUAUAUUUGAAAGAGAAGAAUAAAAGGCAAUGGAAAAUGGUCAGCUCCAUGCUUUUUUUUUCUUUAUAAAUCCUAGCCAGGGUGAUCAACUCUAUCCAAAUCUAUGUUCAACAUUUUAAAUUUAGUAUUAAAAAGGAGUAUGUGCAAUGAUUCUUACUAUCUGUAUGUUCUGAAAAUAAGAGUAUAUGCAGUGUUGCAGCCCUCCUAACAAGGAGAGACCAUGAAUGAACUGUAGCUAUGAUACAUAAAUAGUAACCGGUUUUAAAUGGAUCCUGAAAAAAUCUUGUUUCCAUAAAGCUAAAAUAAUGGCUUUUCCAUCUAUUUUCCAUCUAUUUCAGCUUCUGGAGCAAAGCUGUUGCACAGCUGAUCCUCAGAAAAAACAGACUGAUAUACCUCCUUUAGUACACAGUGUUGAAACCUGACCUAGCAUUAGUCCUUGCCCAAGGUCGUCUUAGAUGUUAAGGGAAGUUGAAGAGAAGCACUAAGUUUGCACAAGCACUGGUAAAAAAUAUUUUUUUACUUGUAUGAUUUUAUAAUCUUUGACCCAGUUUUUCUUUGCAUCUCCUACCAUGAUCAGAAUAUGUAAGAUCAGUUCUUGCUGUUGCUAGCCAUGCUUUGGUUUGCCUGGAAUAAAACACAAUAAACUUUUUUUGCUUGCUUUGGA